AUGGCGACCAACACCUUAGACCAGCCCGUCCAGGUAAAUGAUUUGAUCCUCGCUUACGACACCAAGAAGUGUUACAUGCUACUUGUCAAAUUUGCCCUAGACAAUCAGCAGACGAACCCUCUCACAUCAUCGGUCUUCGUCCAGAAAGUCAAUUGGCAUGUUCCAGAUCUUGAAGGUUACUGGGUUCUUGACGGUCCAAGAGUAUAUUACUCACACUAUGGCACGGAGAACGAGGACUAUAAGUAUUGCUUGUGUGAUAAGCAUUCCAACAACAAUCCCGAGACUCGCCUCGACCUAUUCCUAUACUCGAUGGCAUCUUCCGAUGACAAACAGGGCUCACAGGCAAACAGAGGCUUCACGCUCAUUGUUAAACCACAUGGACGUGACGUCCUGAAGCAUUACUUCAACGGUUGGUGUCCCAACUGUGGCGAUGAGGGGUGUUCUGUCCUGGAUGUGGGCCGGUUAAAGAACGCUUUCCGGACAUUGGAGGCAGCUGUGCCGUAG